AUGGAAAUGCUCAGAGAGUAUAAUCUCAGAAAAUACUCCCCCGGGGAAUUAGAAGAUUUAACCGGUAAUUUUAGCCACGUAAAUCUGAUUGGAGAAGCCCAAUUCGGCAAAGUGAUCGAGGAAAGACUCAGCAAGAAAGAAUGCAUUUUUCUAAUGGAGUCGAGUGUAAAUCAUCAUCCGAGUCUGGUCAAACUUUUGCGAUAUUGCUGCGAAGAUAGUCUGUUGGGGGUUGUUUAUGACCUUAAACCAGUGGAUACAGUGCACAACCUCAUUGAUAAAGAUGGCUUUUCCUGGCUCCACAGAAUCAAGGUAGCAAUUGCUAUUGCACGUCUGCUCGAGUUUUUGCAUUAUCAUCAUAAACCGCACUACCUGGUUCGCAAUUUUAGUCCUGCACAUAUAAUGCUUGAUCAGGAUUACGAUCCAGUACUAUUCGACUUUGGAAUGCUAGUUGGUAGGGUUUUUGGUGACGAGCAACCAAUAGCAAAUAUGUUUGUGCUUGGAGCGCCAGGCUAUGGUGAUCCCAGCAUUAGGAAUUUCGGUAAAUGGUGGAUGAUACAGGACGUCUUCUCGUUUGGCACUGUGCUUUUGGAGCUCAUAUCCAAAAGACCCUAUGAGAUCAAGAAACCUGUACACUGUUGGGCUGAAGCCCAAUACUAUUUGAACAAGCAGAAGAAAUCAUUAUUUGGCUGUUUUGCCCUCUCAAAGAAAUUCUCUCUCGUGCACAAAAGCUUUGAAGAAGAUUUGGGGUUCAGUCAACACGAUGGAUAUAAAAUUACUGAUCUGGCAAUGCGCAGUGUGUCAGACAAGGGCGUACGUCCAUUUAUGAAGGAAGUUGUUCAAACCUUGGAGAGGUUACAUGCUGUUUGUCGUCACGGUCACCUGGGUUAUUAA